CGCGAAUUGACCACGAGAAGCCUUCAUCUCUGCGUACCAAUCUCGUGGGGUAAUCCUCGCAUACUUCACAGCCUCUCGAAAAUGAUAUGACUCUGGCGCGAUCUGGCAACCAUGCGCUCGCCUCGAAACGCAGUCCCUCGCAUAGCUGAGCUCCGGAACCUCGUCUACACGCAGACCCCGCGAAGAUGCUUGUCUUCCGCAACGGGGAGCUUCCAGGCCAGCCGUGGUUCUGUUACGGCGUCAAUAUGUAACAGUUUCUUCCUUUCAAAUCGAUUAUUCGACCGAUCAACAUGCCUCGACUCCCUGAUCCGAGCACGGCCGACUUCAACGACCACCAACACAACGGCAUCAGUUUCAGCUUCAUCACAACCACCUGCCGAACUCCCUCCACACCGCCGACGACAGGCUAGAAAACGAGAAGAGGCACAAGCGGCGGAGCCUUUACCACCCGAUGCUUCUUCGAUACUCGCCGCGCGCGCAGCCGCCAGCCCUGACCAGUCCCUUCGACGCACCCUAUCAUCCAUUCUCUCCCUUACUAAACCACGACUCACCGUCCUUGUCGUGCUGUCCGCCAUGGCGCCCUAUGCAUUAUACCCCGUGCCCGAAAUUCUGGCGCCCAGUAUGACCAACACCCCCAGCCUGAGUCCGCUGACUCUGCUGUUCCUCACAACAGGCACAGCGCUAUGCUCAGCCAGUGCUAAUACCCUAAAUAUGCUCUACGAACCAUCAUCGGACGCAAAGAUGUCACGGACAAGAAACAGGCCGCUUGUCAGGAACUUGCUUUCCAAAAGAACCGCGGUGCUCUUCGCCCUUGUUGCCGGCGCUACUGGCGUUGCAGCACUCUACUUUGGCGUGAACCCUACGGUGUCAGGGUUGGGCCUUGCCAAUAUUGUCCUAUAUGCCGGGAUAUACACGCCUCUCAAGGCCGUGACGGCGUUCAAUACCUGGAUUGGAGCCGUUGUUGGAGGAAUCCCGCCGCUGAUGGGCUGGGCGGCUGCCGCCGGUGAGACCGCAACCAAGGAUGGCUCGUGGCGUGAGCUCCUCAUUGCCAGUGAUGGUUCUUCCAUUGGAGGCUGGCUCAUGGCCAGUCUUCUCUUCGCGUGGCAGUUUCCCCAUUUCAUGUCCCUGAGCUGGGGCAUCCGCGAGGAGUACAAGAACGCCGGGCUGCGGAUGCUCGCGUGGACAAAUCCAGCGCGCAAUGCCCGGGUCGCUUUGCGAUACAGUCUGGUCUUUCCUCCGAUCUGUCUCGCUCUGUGCGCUGCGGGCGUGACGAACUGGGGCUUUGCGGUGACCAGUCUGCCUUUGAACGCGUGGCUGAUUCGCGACGCGGUGCGCAUGUGGCGACAGCAAGGGCAUAAUGGCACCGCACGGGGUCUGUUCUGGGCGAGCGUUUGGCACUUGCCUGGUGUCAUGAUGCUCGCCUUGGUGCACAAGAAAGGCAUGUGGACCAGGGCGUGGACGAGCGUAUUCGGCGGAGAGGAUGGCAGUUGGGAAGACGAGGAGCUCGAGGAGAUGAAGAGUAUGACGGCGGAACGUGUGGCGGAGACAGCGCCAGUCGCCAAGAGGUAGCUUACUGGCCAGCUGGGCACAGCUUGCGUGUACGAUGUGCAACUGUACUCAAUACGAUGUAUCGCAUGUACUGUAUGAUGACAAAUAGAUCUCAAUAGCAUUAUAUUGUGAAAGCU